CCCUCCGAGCGGCCCCGCGGUGCGCCCGACUCUGUUCUCGGGACCUCCGCCCGCGGCCCCGGGGCCCCCAUGCUCUGGUCAUGGCUGGCGGGGCUCGGGGCUGCAGUGGCCUUCCUGCACUUUGCGCAGAAACUCCUGUUCCCUUACUUUUGGGACGACUUCCGUUUCCUGGCGAAGGUGGUGCGCAAUGGCAUUCAGGUGGGGCUGUGCCAGCGGAGGGGGCAGCUGCUCACCGUGCUGGACGCCUUCCUGAGCCAUGCCAAGAGGCAGCCCCGGAAACCUUUCAUCAUCUACGAAGGCGUCGUCCACACCUACCAGGAUGUGGACCGGAGGAGUAGCAGAGUGGCCCGUGUCUUCCUGAACCAUUCCUCUCUGGAAAAGGGGGACACGGUGGCUCUUCUGAUGAGCAACGAGCCAGACUUCGUCCACGUGUGGUUCGGCCUGGCCAAGCUGGGCUGCGUGGUGGCCUUCCUCAACUCCAACGUCCGCUCCCACGCCCUCCUGAGCUGCAUCCGCACCUGCGGGCCCAAGGCCCUGGUGGUGGGCGCAGACUUGCUUGGAACUGUAGAAGAAAUCCUUCCGGACCUCCCAAAAGAUAUCAGUGUUUGGGGGAUGAAAGAUUCUGUUCCACAAGGUGUAAUUUCACUCAAAGAAAAACUGAGCACAUCAUCUGAUGAGCCUAUACCACGUAGCUACCAUGUUGUCUCAAGCAUCAGGUCUACUUGUCAUUAUAUUUUUACCUCCGGAACCACAGGUCUACCAAAAGCAGCUGUGGUUUCUCAGCUGCAGGCUAUGCAGGGAUCUGCUGGACUUUGGGCUUUUGGCUGUACUGCUGACGACAUUAUUUAUAUAACCCUUCCUCUAUACCAUAGUUCAGGAGCUCUCAUGGGAAUUGGUGGAUGUGUUAAGUUAGGUGCCACUUGUGUGUUAAAGAAGAAAUUCUCAGCAAGCCAAUUUUGGAGCGAUUGCAAAAAGUACAAUGUGACUGUGUUUCAGUAUAUUGGAGAACUUUGUCGCUAUCUUUGCAAACAACCUAAGAGAGAAGGAGAGAAGGAUCAUCAAGUGCGUUUGGCAGUUGGAAAUGGUAUGCGGAGUGAUGUAUGGAGACAAUUUUUAGACAGAUUUGGAAAUAUUAAGAUGUGUGAGCUUUAUGGAGCUACUGAAGGAAACAUUUAUUUUAUGAACCACACUGGGAAAAUUGGAUCAGUUGGGAGAACAAAUUUCUUUUACAGAGAAGGCAAGCGGAGUGACCCAAAGCCCCUACUCUACAUGGCAUUGUUGCUUUUUUUCAAAUUUGAAUUGAUAAAGUAUGAUUUUCAGAAAGAUGAACCCAUGAGAAAUGAACAGAAUUGGUGUAGCUGUGUGAAAAAAGGAGAACCCGGACUUCUCAUUUCUCCAGUGAAUGCAAAGCAUCCCUUUUUUGGUUAUGCUGGGUCUUACAAACAUACAAAAAACAAAUUGCUUUUUGAUGUUUUUAAGAAAGGAGAUGUUUAUUUCAACACAGGAGACUUGAUGGUCCAAGAUGAGAAUUUCCUUUAUUUUUGGGACCGUAUUGGAGAUACGUUCAGAUGGAAAGGAGAAAAUGUUUCAACCACAGAGGUUGCAACUGUUACUGGAAUGUUGGAUUUCAUACAGGAAACAAACGUCUAUGGUGUGGCCGUGUCAGGUUAUGAAGGAAGAGCAGGAAUGGCUUCUAUUAUUUUAAAACCAAAUAAGUCUUUAGAUUUGAAAAAAGUUUACGAGCAAGUUGUAGCAUCUCUACCAGCUUAUGCCUGCCCAAGAUUUUUAAGAAUUCAGGAUAAAAUGGAAAUGACAGGGACAUUCAAACUACAGAAGUAUCGACUGGUGGAAGAUGGAUUUAAUCCACUGAAAAUUUCUGAUCCACUUUACAUCAUGGAUAACUUGGAAAAGUCUUAUGUUCCAUUGACCAAGGAAAUUUAUGAUCAAAUAAUGUCAGGGGAGAUAAAGCUUUAAGAUUUUGUACAGUGAUAUUUUCAUACACUUUCCUAGGAAGAGUGAGAAGAGAGUAUGGUAUUCUUCAUUAUGAAAUGGGGAAAGGGAACUAACAUUAAUUAUGUGCUAUAUUUCCUUAAUAUAGAAGAGAAUUUCUUUAAUCAAGUAAAACUUUAAUUUGUUUUAAUUGACAUGGACUUUAAUUGAUUAUUGUUUUUACCCAUUUGGGGAUUCAGUGCACAACUAAAUAUUUGUCUUAACAUUAAAUAUUUUAAAAAAUGAAUAAGUGGCUAACAGACAGUAAAAAUGUUUUUUCUAGUAUGUACAAUUUCUGGUUUUUAAUAAAUGG